AUGGGAAACCAGAGUGCCGCAGGUGAAGCCGCCCUCGUGCGCGCUGUCCGAGCACUCGAUCAGGGCGACGUCGAAACGAUACCCGACAGGCUCGAGAAAGUCUGGGAUAUUCUUGAGAACUACCACGGAGGAAGCUUUCAUGCGGCCGAGGAGAUGUUGUUACGAUGGCUCCUCAAGAACAUGACCGGAUCCUCUGCGAACGCCGAACGAGUACGACGAUACGCUCGCGCUUGGGACAUAUUGGCCGCCAUUUUCGGCCUGAUCCCCCUUUUCUCCUUGGCCAAAUCGCUGGCCGACCGCCGAUUUGUUAGCAUUCUACAACAGACGCUCAAGGACGUUGCGGCGCCGCAGCAGGAAGAGACCCGUGUAGACGGAAACGACUCCGAUGUCGAUAUGGUUGACGCGCCGACCCCGGAGAGCCCAACGAAUCCUCGGAAAAGGAAAAGAGCUGGCGCGGCCGGUUUUGACGUCGCGAGUCAAAAGCGAGCGGCCGGCUGCCUGCAGACUGCCGAGGCUAUCUUCGAGGCCAUUGGAAUCCUCCUCUCCCGAUGUGAACUCAAAUCUCAACAAGACGGGUCGGCCACACACCGAAUGGGCGCCGAGCAUGUCAAGUCGCUGUUCUCGACAUCUGCGACUGAGACUAUGGGCACCCUGGUCCCGUGGCUCGCCAUCUGUGGUCUUGCCCUAGAAAGGCCCAAAGUUGAGCCGCUGAGGGAGCAGUUUUCGUGGCUGUCGACCUUCGCCGCUUUAUGGGAGCUUCACCUUCAGGGAGCAACGGACGCGUCUGAGGUUGCAACACACCUUUCUGGAACAGCUAUUCGACUUCUUGGCAAGCUGGCCGGGAUCCCACAGCAAAUGCCGCUGGGAAUUGAAGUUGCGGUCCAGGGGCGAUGGGCCCAGGAUCUCCGUCGUUUCUUAGCACGCAACCUAAUCUUACCCGCUAGGGCGGUCUUCUUAACCAAGGGGAGUCAAGACAUCGUUAAAGUCGCUGUUGACAUGUCGAGCGCCUCUGCCCAGAUAACCUUCCCUGUAUUGUUUGACCUGGUCAGCAAAUCCCCGCUGGAAAUCGGCGGCAAAACUUCCAGAAAAGACUACGAAACAUGGGUACAGGCUGUCUUUGACACUAUCAUGCAUGCUUCGAAGAACCUCGGCCGUGAAAACAAGACGGUAGCCGUCAGGACGGCCAUGGAGAUAGCAGCAGACCGAGGUACCGCUUUGUCGGCUGCCAGUCUCCGCGCGGUGUGUAACGACUAUGCCCUCCGGACAGACGCUUAUGAUUGGGGCUUGCUCCUUGCCGCCGUCAAGCUUAACCCAGACGUCUUCUUGGUCACGGAAGAAGGGAAACAGCUCCUCGAGAAGAUUCUGGAGAAGACUAAACAUUCUGACUCACUCGGGGACGAUGAUUCGAAGAAAGCGGCCCAGUUCAUCGUGUUACUCGCGGAUGGGUACGCGCAAGCUCGUGAUCUGUCGACGUUCGCACGCGUCUGGCUCAAGCAUCUUGCCCCUGCCAAACCGAAAGCUGGUCUGCAACCAUUGUGGGCGCAAAAGGAACUUGGUGACACGGUUGCAAAGCUGCUCCAAUCGUCUCUCAACUCAACCCAGCUGGUCGAGACACUAGAGUGGCUCUCGUCCCAGACAGAGCCAGCCGAGAGCAUAGCCAGGAUACACAUUCUUGAAGCUAUCUCAGGCGGUAUCACGCAGGAAGAGUUUGUGGACGCUACGAACAUCAAAAUCUUUCAGGGCGCUUUCUUGGAGAAGCCCUCCAAAAAGGACCUCCCUGCCAUCUCUGCGUGUCGGUGGAUGGUAGCUUCCAAGGCGAUCGCCAGGGGUACCCUUGAGGAAGCUGACCAAAUCUGGUCCCAAAUCAAGUCGGAUGUCAAGAGUGCUCUCCGGAAGUCUCCUAUCGACAGGGGUAAUGCGGCCUCUCUGAUUUGUUCCUUCGUCGAGAGGAUUGACGAAAGUGGCGAGCCUAUGGAACUGGACUCCGACACCAGCGAGUCUUCAGGCAUGAGCUUUUCGCACUUGGAAUCUAUCGGACGUUGUCUCUUGACAAAACGCUCAAACCGCCGGUCUAGAGGGGGUCUCCCCAAAGACGACACGCCAGGGGACCGGGAUAAUCUUAAGCUCCUGCAACAGUUGGCGGUGUUGGAUAUUCGGCAAAUGACGAGCGGCAGCCCAGAAGAACGCGAAAAGACCUAUCUCAAGGAUGCCAUCUCACUUCUUCAAAGCCCAUGCCAGGAUUCAGGUACCGCACCACGGCUUGUCCUACUCCAAGCUUUCAUCUCAACGGUACAAACCUCGUCUAUCCUCAAAAAGCUCGAGGACGACGGCCUAGAUCUUGGCAGCCUCAAAGCCCAACUUCUCCAGGUUGCAUCGCCAGCUGUCACGGCUGAGAAGCGCACAGGGAAAGGACUGUUGGCACUCCUCGUCGCCCUAGAAGCAUUUAACGAGCUGGACCGUCAGGCUGUGAAACAAGCGUUGUCUAGCGCUGUCCCCUCGCUGCUCGAGGCUAGUGACUCGCUUCUCGAGAACGGACUACAGGCUGGCUGGGAAGUGCGCAUGUUCGUGUCGAAUCAUUUUCCCGAGGCGCUCGGGUCGCCGUUGAAGAUCAAGAUGUCCGUGGAAUCAUCACCAUCUCGAGAGAAGGACGAAGAGGAAACGGAAGGCAGCGAGUCCGCUGCAACUCUCGGCAAGAGGUCUCUGCUGGGGUAUGUCGAUGCUGUGGUCCAAUCUGCCGAUGAGGACACGAAGCUUGGGUAUCUCAAAGAGCUGCUCCUUGAAGAUGGCGAGGAUCAGGACAUGCUUGGUCGCCAGCUGGUCAUUUACCGUCUGAUCCAACACCUCAAAGGUUCGCUACCUGUCCACGUCUACGGUACCAUGCUGACCAUUCCAGGCUCCGGACCAUCAGAAUCCCCAGACCGGUUCGACCUCGCCCAAGCCCACAGCACGCUCUGCAGCCGUCUCGUACGGACAAGCACCGCUCCACACUUCCUCCUCGCCGCGAAAGCCAUCCACCUCCUCCUCGACCAGAACCCGGCUUGCAUGACCCAAUGGAAUAUCGAGCUCACCCUCAGCACCGUCUCGACACUCUCCGCCCAGCCCUCAACCCAGGCCCUCAUCUCCGACUCACCCAGAAUCUACCCCUCCCUCUGCCGCCUCGUCGAAAUGGUCAUCAAGCGCCACCGCAAACGCCUCGACGGGCACUUCCACAUCCUGAUCACGACCCUACAAUCCCUCCUCCACCUCCUCCUCUCCCGCCCCCCCCAUCCCACCACCCACCACCAAACCGAACCAACCACCAACCCCUCCACCCCCACCUCCCACAACCACACCCAACAAUGGGAAGCCCACGCCAAGCUCUUCACCCGCCUGCUCACCCUCCUCUGCUCGCCCACCGCGGCCUCGGUCUCGCGCGGCGGCUCGCAAAAGCCCACGGGGCUAGACUCGGAACGCGACCGGGCCAAGCGGUACGCGGGCCAGUUCAUGCCGCUGGUGCUGAUGGGCUACGUGCGGCUGCAGCUGCGGCUGGCGCACCCCGUGCCGCACGGCGUGCGCGAGGCGCUCGCGCCGGGCUUGUACGCGAUCCUGGAUAUUACGAGUCCGGAUGGGUUGAGGGUCUUGAAUGAUGGGUUGGAUGGGAGUGGGAGGGUGGUGUUUAGGGAGAUGUAUCGGCUGUAUCAGCGGUUUGGGAAGUGGAGUGGGGUUUGA